CAAUUUAAUAAUGAGGCAGUAGCGUCUCUCAACACCUUUCGUUAACGAAAACGAAAUCAACUUGGUUAAGACCUCUCUGCCUUCAAAAGCAUUUCUCCAAAAUGUACUAAUAUUCUAACUCAUGCAUAGAUUACGCCGUCCCUUCCAUUCCUUUUCCUCCUGGAACAAAACAGCUAGUAAUUUGAUUAGAAGGCGUGUUUAUAGCCUUACUGGGGAGUCUAGAUUGACCCGAGAAGUUUCUGAUCUUGAAGUCUAAACCUGUGCGCACAGGCGAGAGAUACAACGUUCCCAUCGAUUUCUUGAUCCAAUCUGAGUAAUGGGUUGGUUUGAAUUCUCGAACUGUUUGCUUGUUUUGAGGUUUUGAUUUUGUGGGUGGGAGACUCCGAAUACAAUGCUUCCUUGCUCCAAUCCGUUUGAUGGGUCGUUUUGAAUUCUUGAUCUGGUUGUGAAUUGUGGACGGAGCCGGUGAAAUAUGCGGCGGCGGCCGGCCGACUACCGGCGCCCGGUUCGAAGGAAGUUCUCGUGUUGGAUCUGUGUUCUCCUCUGCCUGUUCUCUGUUGCUGGGUUUUCUUUGUUUGUGCUUCAUCACCAUCAUCAUGAUGAAGAUCGGGUCGAACAGCCCAUGCUGGAGAAAAGUGCUGGAAAUGAACACAUUGCCCAUGAGCAUUUAAAUUUUACUGAAGAAGUAUUAAGUGCUAAUUCAUAUGCCAGGCAAUUGGCGGAACAAAUGACACUUGCAAAGGCUUAUGUCAUUAUUGCAAAAGAGCACAAUAACCUUCAUCUUGCUUGGGAGCUUAGUUCAAAGAUCAGAACUUGCCAAUUUUUGCUCUCAAAAGCUGCCAUGAAGGAAGAGCCCAUCACACUCGAUGAAGCAGAACCAAUCAUUAAAAGCCUCUCGUCUCUAAUCUUUAAGGCACAAGAAGUCCAUUAUGACAUUGCAACCACAAUAAUGACAAUGAAAUCCCAUAUUCAAGCCCUUGAAGAGCGUGCUGGUGCAGCAGCAGUUCAAAGUACCGUGUUUGCACAAUUGGUUGCUGAAGCAUUACCUAAGAAUCUCCAUUGCCUAAUUGUUAAACUCAUGGCUGAUUGGCUUAAUACAAAGUCCCUACAAGAGUCCGCAGAUGAAAAAAGGAACUCUCCCCGACUUGCAGACAACAAUCUGUAUCACUACUGCAUAUUUUCAGAUAAUCUGCUGGCUGUUUCAGUUGUCAUCAACUCUACUGUCUGCAAUGCAGACCAUCCCAAGCAACUUGUUUUCCACAUUGUGACAAAUGGAGUCAACUAUGGGGCAAUGCAGGCUUGGUUCCUAGCUAAUGACUUCAAAGGGGCCACAAUAGAAGUGCAGAACAUUGAGGAUUUCACUUGGUUGAAUGGUUCUUACUCUCCUGUUGUGAAACAGCUACUUGAGACAGAUUCACGAGCAUACUAUUUUCAAGGGCCUGAAGAUUUGAAAAUUGAGCCAAAGUUUCGGAAUCCUAAGUACCUAUCUCUGUUGAAUCACCUUCGGUUUUACAUCCCAGAGAUCUAUCCCCAGCUGGAGAAGGUAGUUUUUCUUGAUGAUGAUGUCGUGGUUCAGAAAGAUCUCACAUCUCUCUUCUCGUUGGAUUUACAUGGAAAUGUGAAUGGAGCAGUGGAAACUUGCCUGGAAGCAUUUCAUCGUUAUUACAAGUAUCUCAACUUCUCAAAUCCAAUCAUUAGUUCGAAGUUUGACCCACAGACUUGUGGUUGGGCGUUUGGUAUGAAUGUGUUUGAUUUGAUUGCAUGGAGGAAUGCAAAUGUGACUGCGCGGUAUCAUUAUUGGCAGGAGCAGAAUGUUGAUAGGUCACUCUGGAAGCUGGGCACACUUCCCCCGGGUCUCUUAGCUUUCUAUGGACUGACAGAGCCACUUGAUCGAAGAUGGCAUGUGUUAGGACUGGGUUAUAACCUGAAUAUUGACAACCGUCUGAUUGAGAGUGCAGCAGUCAUCCACUUCAAUGGGAACAUGAAGCCAUGGCUGAAGUUGGCUAUUGGCAGGUAUAAACCUCUAUGGGAACAGUACGUGAAUCAGAGUCACCCAUAUCUUCAAGAUUGUGUCACAAGUUGAAAUGUGAUACUUCUCAAUUGUGGGUAAAUCUUAUGCAGUCUUCAUUCAAUAUUUCAAAUUAUGAAAACUGUAGUGUAGAGUCAGAGAUAGAAAAUUUUGGCCUUCUGUUAGGAGCUCUUUUCUUUCCUUUUCAUCUUUUACUUUAAAUAUCUAAGGAAAAAAAUUAAUUCUUAUACACCUAAAGGAAAAUGUAUCAAGGAGUGUGGGGGAUUGAUUUUUGGUUGUGGGGUUUUCUUUAUCUCGUCAAGCUGUAGAAUUGUUUGGUUUGUAGCAAUUCUUGUAAUAAUCUCUUAGCUCUUUUGGUUUAUAAUCCAGUUGAACCCAAUAUUGUUUCUUUAUUUUUUGGUUUAUCAUUUUCGUUUUUUAAAACUUCAACCAGGUAAUAUAGUCAUUGUUAGAUGAUUCCGGAAUGCAUAAUUCAUGGCUUUGUUAUAGUGAA